CCUCUUCUCUUCUUCUCUUCUCUUCCGACUCUCUACAGCUUCACGCCUUCCUCUCCCACAUCCCCGUCUUUUCCGACCCUUCCACUCCAUCACCAUGAGCGAGAUCACCCACCCCACCAUCAAGGAUGGCUGGUUCUCCGAGCAGUCUGGCAUGUGGCCCGGCCAGGCCAUGAACCUCAAGGUUAACCAGAUCCUGCACCACGAGAAGUCCAAGUACCAGGACGUUCUCGUCUUCGAGAGCAGCGACUACGGCACCGUCCUCGUCCUCGACAACGUCAUCCAGUGCACUGAGCGCGAUGAGUUCUCCUACCAGGAGAUGAUCACCCACCUGGCCAUGAACUCUCACCCCAACCCCAAGAAGGUCCUUGUCAUCGGUGGUGGUGAUGGUGGUGUCCUCCGUGAGGUUGUCAAGCAUGAGACCGUCGAGGAGGCCAUCCUGUGCGACAUUGACGAGGCUGUCAUCCGUGUCUCCAAGAAGUACCUUCCCGGCAUGAGCAUCGGCUUCCAGCACCCCAACGUUAAGGUCCACGUUGGCGAUGGUUUCAAGUUCCUUGAGGAGCGCAAGAACGAGUUCGACGUCAUCAUCACCGACAGCUCUGACCCCGAGGGUCCCGCUGAGAGCCUCUUCCAGAAGCCUUACUUCGAGCUCUUGCGCGAUGCGCUGCGCGAGGGAGGUGUCAUCACCACACAAGCUGAGAACCAAUGGCUCCACCUUUCUCUGAUCACCGACCUCAAGAAGUCCUGCAAGGAGGUCUUCCCCGUCGCCGAAUAUGCCUACACCACCAUCCCCACCUACCCCUCCGGCCAGAUCGGCUUCAUGGUCUGCUGCAAGGAUGCGACUCGUAACGUCAAGGAGCCCGUCCGCAAGUGGUCCCGUGAGGAGGAGGAGCGCCUCUGCCGCUACUACAACCAGGACAUCCACCGCGCCAGCUUCGUUCUGCCCAACUUUGCCCGCAAGGCUCUGGACGCUUAGACUAAUCAAGUUUUGUCGUUCUCUGUUUUGGGUGUGGCCUCCUCCGUUUCGAGGCCCUAGGCGGCUGAUAAUCGAUGAUGAUCUGACGAUGAUGAAUAUAACAAAAAAAUUUCUGCUGCUUACACCUGAUCAUAUCCCACCGAUGCUUCACAGAAUAUCUGAGGGAGGCCAUCCGGAUCUAAAACUCAGUAGUUCCAUAAUAUUACAUGAUACAACGUCAUACAAA